AUGAUCUCAGAUCCUGAUAUUACACAAUCAAAAAUUAAGUUACCUUGGUAUGGAAAUUUAAUCAACUGUCAAUUGAAGGUGAGUCCUAAUGUAACACUUUUAAGUUUAAUCACCGAAAUUAAUACUGGGAAAUUUUCAAGUGUAAAACUUAUUCCUGUUCUUCAAGACGAGGGAUUAGAGAAUUCUAAAUUAGACCCAAAUUAUAAAUCAUUAAUUGCAUUAGAUGCAAAACUUGAAAAAGAAACCGAAGAUGAAUUAUUCAAUAGGAAAUAUUUUUACUGGUGUAGAGAGAAAAAGAAAUGUGAACAAAUAAAUGGAUCAGGAGUCCGUGAUGAUAAAAUUAAAGUAGAGAAAGAAGAGGAAAGGAAGAAUGCGAUACGUCUUGAAAAUCAUAAGCUAUAUAACUGUAGAUUAAUAGAUCAUUCAGAUGGAACUACGGUUAUGGACUACAGCUACCAUGGAACUAUGUCUUCGUAUGGUUACGGACUACGUCUCCGCUGUAGACAAUGGGGCACAUUGAUAACUUUGGUUGAAGUCUUUACCUGGGUUGAAGCGUCGCAUCUUACGGAGAAUGAAAAAUAA